AUGAUCUCGAACGCAAGCCCAUCGAAGGACCAGGGGGUCUGGAGGCAGCUCCUCGACAAUCCCUACAUCUUUGGCCUCUCAGCAUUCGCCUCGCUCGGCGGCUUCCUGUUCGGCUACGACCAGGGCGUCGUCUCGGGCGUGCUGACCAUGGAGUCGUUUGGUGCCGCCUUCCCCCGGGUAUACGCCGACAGCGGCAUAAAGGGCUGGUUCGUGUCGACGCUGCUGCUUGCGGCGUGGCUCGGGUCGCUCGCCAACGGCGUCGUCGCGGACGGGCUCGGCCGGCGUGGCGCCGUCCUGGCCGCCGUGUGCGUCUUCACGCUCGGCUCGGCGCUGCAGGCGGCGGCGGGUCGCGGGCCUCGCGGUCGGCAUGCUGACGGCCACGGUGCCGAUGUACGUGUCCGAGGUGGCGCCGGCGCCGGUCCGCGGGACGCUGGUCGUGCUUCAGCAGCGUACGUUCCUCCCUCCUUCCUUCGCCCGAGACUUCUGACAAUGGUGAGCGGAAAAACAGUGAGCAUCACGCUCGGCAUCUUGGUUAGCUACUGGCUCGAGUACGGCACGCAGUACAUUGGCGGCGUCCGGUGCGCCCCGGACGUGCCCUACAGCGGCCGCGGCGACCCGGCCGACCGCACGUUCGACCUCUCGCGCUGCAGGUCGUGCCCGCGCUGGUCCUCGGCGCCGGCAUGCUGCUGCUCUUUCCCGAGUCGCCGCGGUACCACCUCCUUCGCGGCCGGGACGACGCCGCUCUGCGCUCCCUCGCCCGCCUGCGUCGCGUGGGACCGCACGACCCCUCCCCGCGCCUGCGCGAGGAGUACCUCGCCAUCAAGGCUGAGGUGCUCCUCGACGAGGCGGUCGCGCGGGAGCGCUUCCCGGGCCGCUCCGGGGUGCAACGCGCUGAUCUACUACGCGCCGGGCAUCUUCGCGCAGCUGGGGCUGGCGCGCGGGGCGACGUCGCUGCUGGCGACGGGCGUCUACGGGGUGGUCAACGCGCUGUCGACGCUGCCGGCGCUGCUGCUGAUCGACCGGCUGGGCCGCCGGCCGCUGCUCAUGUGCGGCGCGGCGGGCACGUGCGCUUCGCUCACCAUUGUCGGCGCGCUGCUCGCUGUUUACGGGGGGCGGCUCCGCGACCACCCGGCGGCGGGCUGGGUGGGCGUCGCGUUCGUCUACCUCUACGACGUCAACUUUUCGUACUCGUUUGCGCCGAUCGGGUGGGUGCUGCCGUCGGAGAUCUUUAGCCUGGGGGACAGGUCUAGGGCCAUGGCUAUUACGACGAGCUGUACGUGGAUGUGCAACUUCGUCAUCGGGCUUGUGACGCCGGGCAUGCUGGACUCGCUGAGCUGGGGCACGCACAUCUUCUUCGCGGCGUUUUGCUUCCUGGCGUUUUUCUUCACGUACUUCUUCGUGCCGGAGACGAAGGGCAGGAGCUUGGAGGACAUGGAUGCGGUCUUUGGGGAUGCGGCGGCGCAUGAGGAGAAACAGAGGCUGUUGGGCAUCGCGGCGUCGCUUGGGCUGACGGCUUCGACUUUGACACCAGAAAAGGUCGAUACUGCAACAGGGGAAACUCUACAGAGCCCGCAAGCUAUAUGA